AUGGCAGCUCCUGUGGAGAAUUGGUACCCGCAGCAAAGCGCCGUGACGUUUCAGCCGGACUGGCAACAUCGCCAGUUUGACGCUCAGUUUCUUGGCCGACCACAAGCAGUCGUGCCCCAAGCCCAAUGCCAACUUCAAUACCAUGCCUGCACUGUGCAGCCAAUUGCAUUCCAUCCAAUGACGAUGGAGUUCCUCCACCCUCUUCAAGCUCUCGCUUUGCAGCAGCCUUAUGGCUUCGUCAAUGACAUGUCGGGCAUGCAGCAGCAACUCCUCCUACCUCGCCCGGCACCUGCUCCGAUACAGCUGCAGGAGGCCUUGGACGAUGGCGAAACCUCCUCCUCAGAUGGCGCAGGUGAUGUGCCACCUGAUGGUCCGCGCCGGCGGCGCCGCCGGCGAGGGAAGCGAAAGCGGGGCCCAAGCCUGGCCAUGACAGCCCAGGCCCAGGCCGUUGAAGAAGAUUUCCGGAAGCAACGUGCUUUUCAGGUGCGCAUUUAUGUGGUUGAAGAGGGCUGCAGCGGUGGUGACCUGCUUGCCCUCGCUCAACGCUUCAAUUCGCUUUCAAUCAUAGGCCACUUCCUCCGGCCGAGGAGACGUUACAGGAGCGCCCUCUCCGGGGAGGAGGCAUCUUCGGGCCGCUUUCUCUGCACUGCGGAGGUUGGGCCUGCGCCGCGACCUGAGUUAGCCGGCUUGGACGGGGGGUCAGUGUACAUGUGCUGGAAUUUCAAGGUCCUACAUGACGUGCACCGCCUUCUCGCCAUCCAGGCUGCAGCAUUGGAGGUCCAGCUGCAUCAUGCCGCCAUUGAUUUUGCAAUGCGGAAGGACCAAGAGCUGUGCGAAGCGCUGCUGCCCCGCUCCGCAUCCUGGCUGACACUGCCGGGUUGCCAGUGCGAGUACGAGUAUGCGGGGCUCCGGUUUCCGGCAAUGACGAUGCCUGAGUGGUUCCUGGAAAUCACGGACGAGGUUGCACGUGCGUGCGGACUGCAGGAACGCCCAAACUCUUGCAAUGCCAACCUCUACAAGAGCGGCGUGGACAAUGUGAGCUGGCACUGUGACGAUGAGCCUCUCUUUGACGCUACAGGUCGGGAUGCGCUCAUCGUGUCACUGUCACUCGGAGCGACGAGGUCCUUCUGCCUUCGUCCGAAAGAUGACCCAUUCCAGGAGACCCUCCUUCACUUGGAGGAUGGGGACCUCUGCACAAUGGAGGGCCUUUGUCAGAAGCACUACAGGCACCGGGUUCCUCCCGAAGAGGAUGUUUCGGCGUUGCUAGUCCACAAGUUGUUCAUUCAUGCUCUGAAGGCCUACAACCUAUUUAGACUGCUCGGGGUGUGGGCCUUAGACACGGCAGAGGCUUUCGAGCAGCUCAAUUUCAAGGCGGCCCAGAUGAUGUUCCUCUUUUUUUCCACUGCUAUCGUUUCGACAGCGGCAUCCUUGGCCAUUGCAGCUGCUCCGGUUCUGGUACCCCACCCGGUGGAGGAUUCUGAGGAUCUGCUGUGGAGCCUCGUUGAGUGGCUAGCUGAAGAUGGCUUCUGGACCAACAUGCACGCUCCACCUGGCAGGGCAUUCGCGGUCGAGGGCAUGAAUCGUUUAGGAGCUGUUCAAGAAUGGCUGCCGAAGCUGUACGCCACUCUUGGCAUCGUAGGCUCGGUGGAUCUUUACUGCUCCCGUGUUGGUCGGCGGCCGGUGAACUCGUACUGCUGGCAUGCGGACACCGUGGACGCACUAAUCUACGUCCUCAACGGCACUAAAAGGGUGCGUGUUGCAGGGCAUUUCCCUGGCAGCAGGGUGACCUUGGACAAAGUGAUUUCAGCGGGCUCUGUCGUAUACGUCCCUGGUGGCCGGUUCCACUCAUUGAGGAGCAUGCCUAUGGACGUUGAUGCCAGCAAAGCCGAGCUCGUCGUGGCCCUGAGUAUCGGUCUUCCAAAUCCGAACGAGGACCUGCUGGAGGCCAGGAUAGAUCUCAUGAGGAAGGCCUUCGAGAACCAGAAUCUCCAGUGGAAUGAUGUCGUCGGGCAUGUGGCGGCUCUUCCCGAGGACUUCCCAAAGAAACCAGAGGUCGUCUUCGCCGAGAAGGACGACUUGGACUCCCACGGGUUUUCUGCCCUACAUCGGCGGACCUUGCAGGGUGAUGCGCGGCGCCUGGCGGUGCUGCUGCACUCGGGUGCGGAGGUGAACCUCCGCAGCCUGCCCUCCGCACAGCGACCAGCGUUGACAGCACUUGGCCUUGCGGCUUGCUGCGUGGCAGAGGAGCCAGCGCUCCUGCUGACCGGCAAACUUCUGGACACAUGGCCUCAGAAAAGCAUCCCAGCCCGGUCGUGA